AUGAAAGUGAAAGUAGAGUUUGCUGUGGGGAGUUACAGUGGAACUCUGAAGACAUAUUUCUCCAUAUUUUUUCUCAUCCAUCAGACUACAGAAUAGUCGAGGACACUGUCGAAAACUAACAUGACCAAUAUAUCAACAAUAUUGCAAUCCUUCCUUGCCUUUAGUUACUUCAUGCACGUCUAUCGAGCAAGUUGUCCAGUUCUGGAGUGCUGGUUUGUCCAGGAGAAACCAGGUGGGGGCUUCCAUGCUGCUAUGAGCCAGGAGAAGUCACUACUUUACAUCAAUACAGACCCAGACAGUGAAGAAACCAGGUCAAAGCAGGGACCAUCUACAGACCAUGAUAGAGUCUACUACGUCACUGACCCAGCAGCUACCCUCUGCAGUUCUUCUCUGCACCCACCAGAAGGCACAGUCCAGAAGCCACAGUGUGAGAUCAACCCCUUCAUGCCCCAGCCAUCCACCGUCCAAUGGACAGCCUCACUCACGGACUCUGCCCACAGUCCGAUCUACCUGCAAGCCGACUGGUACACUGCUGCCUUGCAGGGCUUUGACGGACAGCUGCGCCUCUCCAAUGUCAUGCGUGCUCCCACGGCAACCAAGGAACCCAAGGUGGUGCUCAGUGUGUCCAGUAGAACCUUCAUGGUCCUUUCCAGACUCGGGGAACCGGUUGUUCUAGACUGUGGGUUCUGGGUGGAUGCCUCUUCUCCUCUCUCUGUCUCUGGCUUCGCCGUGGAGUGGCGCUACCAGUUCAGGGGCGAUGGCCGUCUGGUCCUGGCCUACGACGGCAAGAGUGACCGAUUUGCAGAGACCCAGGAAGAGGGAGCGGGGCUAGACUUCACGGCUCUGCACGAGACAGGAAAUGCAUCACUGAUCCUGCAGGAAGCUCAAGUGCGCCACUCAGGAACCUACAUCUGCACGGUGUACUUGCCCUAUCUCUUGGCUCAGGUGGCAGUGGAGCUGGAGAUUGUAGAGCCUCCUUCCCUCUCCAUCUUCCCCUCCCCGCUCCCUCUCUCCGUGUCCGGCCAGGUGGUGACGGUGCAGUGCGAGGCGUCAGGAUUCUACCCCCUCUCCCUGGAGUUCCGCUGGGUGUUAACAGGGCCGGACGGUAGGGUCAGGCCCCUGGGCCAGGGCAGCGUGACGGGCCACAGACAGGGCCCAGACAGCACCUACAGCCAGACCAGCCGUGUGGAGUUGGACUCAGCCAAGCUGGACCUGGACCGCGGCGGGGAGGUCACCUGUGUGGCUGUCCACCGUGGAGGCACCCGGCGGGCCAGCGUCACCCUCAAUAUCACUGGUGUCAGUGCUCCCUCCAUUGAGGACUAUAUGGCGAUGGUUGCUGUGGCCCUGGGGAUCUAUGGUUUGAUCAAGGUCGUCUCCUGGACUUUUAGCUCUGGGUUUGAUGAUGCUAACGCACAAGAGAAGAAAGUGAAGUAAAUGUGGAAACACCUGGGAUUUCCAGUGUGGGAAUUAAUCUCUCGAAGAAGGGAAAAGGGGGAUACCUAGUCAGUUGUACAACUGAAUGCAUUCAACUGAAAUGUGUCUUCUGCAUUUAACCCAACC